AUGGACACCAACAAAGACGGCGUGGUGUCAAAAGAGGAGUUCGAGAAUUUCGUCGCCAGAGCUGCUGAGGCGGUGGCUCCAGCGCUGGACUGCGAUUGGCGGCAACGGCCCUCUGUGGGCACCUGGUACAUGCCGCUUGACGAGCUGCCUUCGCAUGCGCUUCCAGUGCUGGCCACAUCUGCAUCUGGCACCCAGAAGGCCUUGGAGGUCACAGCCGCGGCUGCGGCUCCUCCCCGGCCACUGAAGGGCACCGGAAUCAGCUCCAGCACCGUGGUAGCUUUCGUGCUGCCCGGCUUGGACUUUGAGGAGCUCGCGGCUUCGGAGCAGAGCGGCCUCUUGCUCCAGGAGGUGCAGGCUGCCAUGGCUCAGUUUGCCAUCCGACGGAGCCCCAGUUCGCUUCGCAUCGAGCUGGGCGGAGCGGAAGAGGGGGUGGAGGUGAGGACGACCAUCAAGAAUGCGUCCUCCGGUGAAGCCAAGGCUCUCAAGGCCGAAAUUCUUCGAGCAGAGGAGAACUUCUUGGCCGAGGUGGAGCAGAGGCUGGCGGCUGCGCAGAUUGGGCCGAGAGGUGUGCCUCAGCGGGCGACCGACCUUCAGGUCAUGGUGCGCCACACCGCAUCCUUCGAAGAAGGGCCAGUGGACGGGCAUGCCACUGUAUCCACCAUGGUGCCGGCAACGACCAUGUAUGCAACUGGCACGACAGGCAACGGCUUCAGCUCUGCCAUGCCCACCCAAUCGCAGUGGGCGGCCUUCGACAGCACGCACCCGGAGCUUCCAAAGGACGAGGUCCAGCAAGCGGUUGCCGCGACGUUCGAGGCCAUCGACACCAACAAAGACGGCGUCAUGUCGAAGGAGGAGUUCGAAAAUUUCGUCGCCAGAGCGGCUGAGGCGCCAGAGCCCGGCCCGCCGGCAGAGACGGCGGCCAAGCCCACGGACUCCAUGGAGGAGGAGUUAAUCCCAAAGCUCUUGCUGGAUCCAUAUGCUAUGGAUGAUGGUUUUGGCACUAGCCCCAUUCAGAGUGCGGUGUCUGACGCGCGACUUUCCAAGGAGCGAGAAGCUGCCGUGGCUGCAGCCAAACGCCGAGCAGCCAAGGCGGAACUUGCAGCCGCAGCUGCGAUGUGCUGCAGAGCCGCAGCCACGCAGAUCACGGACUUCAUCGUGGAUCCAUACGCGCUGGAGGAUGGCAGCGGCACUAGCCCCAUGCAGAGUGCAGUGUCCGAGUCACGGCUUGCAGAAGAGCGUGAGCAGGCGCUGAUUUCCACAAUCAGGCGGUCAGUGGAGGAGGAGUUUACCAAGGCAGACACGAACAAUGAUGGUGUGGUCUCUGCAGAGGAGUUUGCAGCCUGGGCCCAUGCCAAUUCGUCCUCCGAGGCGCCGCAGCCUGAAGAGGUUGCAGCCGUUGCAGCCUCCUUUGAGGCUAUCGACAGCAACCAUGACGGUGUCCUAUCGAAGGAGGAGUUUGAGAACCACUUCGUCACGGAGGCCUUCCUGCAAGUGGAGUUGGCCAAUGUCAUGCAGGCCGCGACCAGAGGAGCCGCGAGCUGCGCGACGAGCUCUCUAGCAGGCAGCGCCACGGAACAGGGCACAGAUGGCAGCAUGACGGUCGCUGAGCAGCUUGCAGCCGCUGCUGUUGCAGCGGUUGACGCGGCUGUUGCCGCUCCGCCAUCAACGGCGGCUGCAACCGAGGUCUCAGAGGACGAUGCCUUCGCACUCCCACCGCUGGUUGUUAGUUUCGCAGAGAUGGGGGCGACGCCAACAGUGGUCUCCAUCGAAUCAGCUGGUGAGCGCGAUGCUGUCGUGCCUGUCGCCGAGGUGGCCAAAGCUGCUGAGAUUGGGGCCAAUGCACCAACAGUGGUCUCCAUCGAAUCAGCUGGUGAGGGCGACGAUGUGGUGCCGGUCGCCGAGGUUGCUAAAGCCGCUGAGAUUGGGGCGAAUGCCCCAACAGUGGUUUCCAUAGAAUCCUCUGGUGAGCGCGAUGCUGUCGCACAUGUCGUGGAGGUGGCUAGAACGGCAGAGAUGGGGGCAACCCCGACGGUGGUCUCCAUCGAAUCUGCAGGCGACCGGGGUAUGGCGCCCGUGGUCGAGGUGAAGACUCCCUCCGCAUCGUCCGGGCCGGAUGAUGCGCAGGAACUUGGGGCCGAGAUCGCUGCCAAAGACUUGGUGCUGGACAUCACUGCCGACAAGGAGUCCUUGCCGGCGGAUGUAACCAACGCCUUGAAGGCAGCGACCACAGGAGCAGCGAGCUCUGUGACAGGCUCCGUAGAAGGCACCAUCGGCACCGCUGCACAAGGGUCGGACAGCAAGAAGGUCCAACAAGCUGUGGUUGCCGCGACGUUCGAGGCCAUCGACACCAACAAAGACGGUGUCGUGUCAAAGGAGGAGUUCGAGAAUUUCGUCGCCAGAGCGUCUGAGGAGCCAAGCCACGCUGAGCCGGUGAACCAGGGGCCGGUUCCUGUUGAAGAGGCUGCGGAGCCCGGAGCACCGGAGGCGGAAGACGAGGACCCAGAGGCCAUUCAGGAACGGGUCCACGAGGUCCUCGAGGAAAAUAGCAGACUUCGGUCCGAGAACAUGGCUUUGCGAGUAGAACUGGAUGCCCUCCUGGCCAUGGCCGUCACGCCGGAAGCGACGCCGCCCGGGACUGCGAAAUGA